GUACUCAUGCAACAGCUGCCGUUGUACCGGAAAAAAAAAGACAUGCUUAUCAGGCGGAUGCUGUGCGACUGCUCGCCGCUCAAGGCAAUUUGACCGACGCACGGAAGAACAAGGACAAUUCGGAACAGUGUAGCAAUGCAUCGAAUAUGAUAUUCAAUGAAUAUGGAAUCCUAUCCCCAUCCCGCGUCCUCUGCGACGGUUGACCGUUAACGCCGUCGCACAAUCGCCGUUGUCUUUUAUAUUCCCCACGACUGCUGAAUGCUGAUUUGAACACUCUUUCUCUUCCCUCAUUACUCUUCCCUCUGCCCCCGAAUCUUCGUUCCUCCCCCCUCGAAGCUCCCCCUCUCUCUAUCCCUCUCGACCAACCCAGCUGUCCGCGCUCACCGCCUCGCCAUAAACGAUAUAUAUAGAUACCAAUCCAUUGCUAUGAUCUCAAAACACAUGCAACAAAGUUCCAAAUACUUUCUUCACCCAGAUUUAUCUCAGCUCCGUUUGCUUCGCAGUGAUGCUCACAGUCAAUAAAGAAGCUAUACCCCGCAUCCCGUCCUGCUCGUCGGACGAGCAGAACAAGAAUCCUCCAUCGAUCAUCGGCAAAUUGCGAGUCAUGCUGUCGCCGAAGAAGCCGGAGAAGAAGCCGACGACGCACCCGCGAGUCCCUACGAGCAGCACCCUGUCGAGGCUGUCGGCAUCGCCGGGCAGCAGCGGGCGCGAGCUGGAGCGAGUGUUCCGCUACUUCGACGAGAACGGCGACGGCAAGAUAUCGCCGGCGGAGCUGCGCAGCCGGAUGAGGAUAGCCGGGGAGGAGCUGUCCCCUGAGGACGCGGAGGCCGUCGUGGCGUCGUCGGACUCCGACGGAGACGGCUUGCUUUGUUACGAUGAUUUCGUGCGGCUGUUGGACGUGGAGGGGGAGGAGGAGAAAGCGCGGAGCUUGAGGGAGGCGUUCCGGGUGUACGAGAUGGAGGGCCGAGGGUGCAUCACGCCUAAAAGCCUCAAACGGGCGCUUCGAACGCUGGGGGAAUCCAGGACCACCAAGGAGUGCGUCGCCAUGAUUCGAAGGUUCGAUCUCGAUGGCGACGGUGUACUCAGCUUCGACGAAUUCAGCGUCAUGAUGCUCUAAACGAGAUCUUGUACCGAUCGUUAUUUACAUUAUAUUGAGAUCCAUGCUCGUUCUCAUGCGGCGAUUCUUUCACAUCGAUCAUUGAUCCCGUGAUAGUUAUGGUCGGACUCCCCGAUUCUUUUAUCUGUCUUCCGUGUACGUUCGGAAUUGUUCUGUUCGUUGAUUUCAUACUGAGGCAUGAUAUUCUUUUGUACUUGUUCUCAUGGUGGUAUAUAUAAUUACAUGUAAUUAUGCAGAAAGAAAAAUAGUUUGAGGAAUUCAUUAGGUGAGAACAAUAUUCUUAU